AUGAGGACCCCAAAGCUUGACAGCAGUGAUGACGGAUUGAUCAACGGACCUCGUUCGACCCCAUUGAGAAUCCACCGUCACUCUCACGCCAUCCACAAAUCCUCUUCCUUUCCCGCCCUUCCUCUCUCUCCCGGCAAGCCCAAGCGCCCGCCGGUGAUAAUCUACACACAGUCUCCCAAGAUCAUCCACACGCACGCCCACGAUUUUAUGGCUCUCGUCCAGAAGCUCACCGGCCUCCACCGGGCCGAGGACGACCAAUCGGACCACAAGAAAUGUGCUAAUAAUAGCGAAGAUUCCGGAUAUGAUGAGGAGAACGAGAGGUCGAUGCAAGACUCGUCUACAUUUUCAUCCAUGCACAAUGUGUGUAGUAAAAGUAAUAAUGAUAAUAGUAUGAACAUCCCGUACUUGAUGGACGUGACGUAUUUAAACCCGAGCACGAGCGAUUUCUUGUGUUCGUCAAUGGCCGAUCACCCGAUAUCUCCAUCGUUCAUGGAUUUGAUGAAAGGGUUACCGGAUUAUUGA